AUGGAAAUCAAAUUACAAUUUUUUACAAAUUAUCUCCAAUUUCAAUUUUCAGUUUUGCUUUCAAUCUGCUCUCUUUUCGACGAUCCAAACCCAAAAAGUCCGUUGAAUGAGGAAGCUGCCGAAUUAUACGUCGAAGAUCGUGCUGCUUACAAUGCCAAGGUUCGUGAAUGGACGCAGGAAUAUGCAAUGUAA